CCACCGCCGCUUCGGCGGUUCUGUGGGCGUCCAGAGUCUGGGCGGGGUCCCCUGUGUGCCGCCAGCCGGCGGGGUGGGCGCUGUCCUCCUGGAAAGGGGGUGUCCCGCUGCUCGCCCGGAGCCCCCUUUCCCCGUCACUUCCUCCCUGGCCCCCGAGUCCCUCUGGCCGUGAGGUUCGGGGAGCGGCCGCAGGUGGGCCCGGGGCUGAAGGUCGCUCGGCCGCCAUCCAGCGGGUCUUGGCCUUUGGAGCUUCCGAGCACCCCGGGUUCAGACCUGCACCCCACGAGCCCGGGAGGCGGUGGUCCCCGCCCCGUCUGGGUUGCCUCAUGGCACCCGCCUCCUUCGAGGGGCCUCGGAGCGGCCCGGCCGGCUGAGGGGUCAGAGCUCGCGCUCCACUUGCCCGAGGUCUGCAGCCUGGCCUCUCCGCAAUCGCGGGCGCCUCGGGCUAAAUCCAUCCUCUCCGAGACCCGUUCGGCUUUCCAGGAAUCUCCUUCCAAGACCUGGUGCCACCUGUUGCCGCGUUCCCACUAAGCCUUCCAGAUCUUUGGCACAGCCUCCUUUGAACUCUUCCUGCCCCCUGCAGCAGGAGCUGGACCUGCUGGGAGGGUUGCUCACAGUUCCAAUGCCAGGAAGAACUGCCCGUGCGCGGAAAGCUGGAGGGAGGAGCGAGGACUUCACCUGGGAAGACGGAGAAAGGCUUUGAGGGGAGGCACAGUUAUUUGUGUGGACCUUGAAAGGCAAGAAGACUGGGGCCCGUGUUCCUGGAAGGGGAGGUGGGGCUCCCAGCAGAGGGGACUGAGAUCUUCAUAAACAACGGGGUAGCAGAGGCGAGGGAAGGAGGACGGGAUUCCAGACUCUAGUCCCAAACAAGGCACCUGUGAUUUCUCAUCCCCUGGGCAGCGACUGGCAGGCGCCGUUCAGCGGACACCUGGGACUUGCAGUGUGAUUAUGUGCCCAGGGUUUUUCCUGGUGGGGACUGUGAAGUCGCUGGUAAAAGAUGUGGUAUGGUGUGUUCCUGUGGGCACUGGUGUCUUCUCUCUUCUUUCAUGUCCCCGCUGGAUUACUGGCCCUCUUCACCCUCAGACAUCACAAAUAUGGUAGGUUCAUGUCUGUAAGCAUCCUGUUGAUGGGCAUCGUGGGACCAAUUACUGCUGGAAUCUUGACAAGUGCAGCUAUUGCUGGAGUUUACCGAGCAGCAGGGAAGGAAAUGAUACCAUUUGAAGCCCUCACUUUUGGCACUGGACAGACAUUUUGCGUCGUGGUGGUCUCCUUUUUACGGAUUUUAGCUACUCUAUAGCAUACAUCCUUAUGCCGAGAUGUUGAACCUAAACUUUAUGGAAUCCUCCAAAAGAAUACAUUAGGGAGUGUAGAGUUUUCUUAGUUCUUCAAAUGAAGCAACUUGAAUGAACGGGAAUGUGAAGGACAACAUCUUAGCCUUUUCUUCAGUUUGAAGUUCCUAGAAUUGAAGACUUUUGUGGACUCCCAUCGUUCUCAACCAAAACAAAACAAGUCUUCUGGCUUUCUUUUUUGAAGAUACUUAAUUUAAGCAGUUUUCACAUGUACCUUUACCCAAGUCAAGUCAACUGUGUCUCUGGGAUGGUAUCCCUUGCACUGAAAUUUACAGUAUGCUGUGAGAUGUUGCAUAUUUUAGAAAACUAUGGAAGAUACUGGUUUAUUUCAAAUAAGCAGAGUAUGUUGUAUUAAAAUCUUAGUUUAUCCAGUCUUGGUUAGUAUUUGGUAAACUCUUUUCUUUGCUACAUCUUAGUGACUGACAGUAAAUGCCAAAUAGGUUUUGGUUGAGUAUAGCUUUGAAAACAAAUUUGAUGAAAUAAAACAGGAAAAAAAAAUUUAAAUA